CUGCCCCGUGGAGCUCCGCUCAUAUGCUGCACCUUUCAACAGGCUGUCAUUAUUUAACUGCUUCGACUCAAGUGGAACAUCUAUUAUAAAGUGAUUAUUCAAACAUAAUUUUACGGGAGCCAAAAUGAACUUCAGUGAGGGAUCCGUAGAAACAAAGAAAAAGCUUCCAAACAAAUCACUUCUCCUGGCUGCCUGUGCUGCUUGCAUAGGGGGAACCUUUCAGUAUGGAUAUAAUUUAUCUGUGGUCAAUGCAGCCACAAUGUAUGUGCAGGAUUUCAUUAACCAAACCUGGAGGGAGCGUUACCAAACGGACAUAUCAGAACACGGUCUCACGCUUCUCUGGUCCACUACUGUGUCAAUAUUCACCUUAGGAGGACUCGCAGGAGCAACGAUUGGUGGGACAUUGUCUGUGAAGCUGGGGAGGAAAGGGACACUGCUGACCAAUAAUAUAUUUGCAUUAAUGGCUGCUCUGCUGAUGGGUCUGAGUUACCCUACAGGAUUAUUUGAAUUACUCAUCAUUGGGCGUAUUUUCUCUGGAAUAAAUGCAGGCAUUGGCAUGUGUGUUCAACCUCUGUAUUUGGGGGAAAUAGCUCCAACUGCAUUUCGUGGUGUCAUGGGAAUGGGAACCUCGAUUUUCAUCACUGUUGGGAUCUUGACUGGACAAGUGAUGGGCCUCAGAGAGAUCCUGGGCAGAGAAGAGCACUGGCCCAUCCUGCUCUCCACCACAUGUGUCCCAGCGUUGCUGCAGCUCCUCAUCCUUCCCUGGUUCCCGGAGAGCCCACGCUACCUGCUCAUUGACAAAGGAGACAAUGAGGGAUGUAAAAAAGCCCUGAAGCUACUGCAUGGUAGAGCUGACUGUAAUAAUGAACGAGAGGAUAUCGAGAAGGAAAAUGAUAACUUAGUUGGUGUCAAGGCCAAGAAACCCUGGGAACUCUUGGGUGAUUGCAGUGUGCGCUGGCAGCUUCUCACCGUCAUACUCCUCAACGCUGCACAACAGCUGAACGGCAUUGACGCGAUUUACUUCUAUGCAAAUUAUGUGUUCAAAGAAGCCGGUAUCCCCAUUGAUAAAAUACCAUAUGUGACUGUUGGCACUGGUGCUUGUGAAUGCAUCACAUCUUUAACAUGUGGAAUGUUCAUUGAAAGUCUGGGACGGAAAGUGCUCAUCAUGGGAGGAUACACACUCAUGAGUGUCUGCUGCAUUUUAUUCACUCUGACACUCACUGUGCAGGAUGCCAGCCCAGUUGUUCCGUACUUGAGCAUGACGUGUGUUUUUGCUUUUAUCCUAAGUUUUGGCUUAGGACCAGGUGGCGUGACUAAUAUCUUGACCGCUGAACUGUUCACGCAAACAGCACGCCCUGCAGCGUUCAUGAUUGCAGGGACAGUGAACUGGUUCAGCUUCUUUUUCAUUGGACUGGUUUUUCCUUUUAUUGUGAUUGGGCUGCAGCAGUACUGUUUCCUGGUGUUCUUGGCCAUCUGCUUCUUAGUGGUAAUAUACAUUUUCCUUGUUGUUCCUGAAACCAAGAACAAAACCUUUCUUGAGAUACAGGCUGAGUUCCAGUCCUCUAACAACAGAAAGGCCUCCACUGCGAAUGGAACAGGGACAGGACUGUUAUCUACUUCUACUUCAACUCAGGGAUCAAGCAAUUAAAACCUUAUUUAAAUCUCAAAGUAUGUGUCACAAAUAGUAACAAUGAGGAUUUAAGAUCCAUGGAAACACCUCAAUAAAUCGCAAUAGAAACUGUAGCGUUAUAAUGAACAAUACUGUAGCUGAUAGUGCCUUGUUUGAACUUGGUAGUCAGAAUUAAUUCACCUACAAACAGAGACUAAAGUGAUGCUAAUGUGUAAUAUUUUUGGUUUGAUAAAUACUGGUUUGUUAGACUUCUAUAAAUGUGCUCUACUAAGAUUUUUUAAAUAAAGGUCAA